UUUUUUCGUUGCGAAAGCUCAUACGUGCGUGUUGACAGGUUACACAUUAAAAGGAGUAGAAGACAGACCACAAUGUCUAGUAGUGUGCUCUGUGGUCGAGGCAAGUUGGCCCUAACUAAAACAGCUGGCCGUCAAACAUUAGCUGCUCUCAGGGUCGGCAGAACCAGAACCUUCUCUGCUGCAAGCUCAGAUGAGCCUUACAUAACUGUAUCACCUACAGACUCAGGCCCCAGGACUGUGUGGCCUGAUGAGAACAUGGGACCAUUUGGACCUCAGGACCAGCGCUUCCAGUUGCCAGGUAAUGUUGGGUUUGACUGUCACCUGGAAGGCAUGGCGGACCAAAAGAAGGCUCCAGUCCACAGGACCGUCCCUGAUGUACUGACGGCCCCAAGCAGCACAGAGAGACACCAGUUCAUACUAGCCCAGUUUGUCAAUGAGUUCCAAGGAAAACUGGGUCCUAUAUCCAUGAGAGUCCACAAAGCUGAGCAGUACUUUAAUCAGACAGACACAGACUGCUCCAUUAAUUCCUGCCCCGAGCUGUUAAGGAAAGAUCUGGAGCAGAUGUUCCCCUCAGCACCCACCUCUUCCAUCACAGUAGUGACGGUCACACAGAGGAGCGGUCGGUGUGAGGACAUUGCCGAGCAGGACAGAGAUCAGCUGCUGCACAGAUUUGUGAAUGGUGCAAAGGAGAUGUGUUUCGCUCUGUGGACUGCGGGAUACUGGGCAGACUUUAUUGACCCAACAACGGGAGCAGCUUUCUUUGCGUCUCCAUCAAGUCAAACCACACUGCAAACAGAGGAGGGUCUGAGACAUUUGGGCUUUCACAUCGAGGUGUCGAGCUCCUGCACAGUUAUUCGCCACAUCCUGAGAGGAACGCCUUUAUUUGUGGGGACUGUUUUCACUAACGCACCUACUCACAGCGCCGCCAUCGCCAGACUACGAGGACUUUCAGAUGUACUGGACGAUGAGGAAUAGGCUUUUUGAAAAUUAAUACAGAAAGAAAUCCAAACAAAAAGCCUCUAUUUAUGGUUUAAAGACGUUCGGAAGCUAAUGUACAGCAGUGUGGGUACAUGGUUUGUAUCAGUGGAAGGCUGCGCAGAGUUUGUCUUACUGUAACACACAGCAGCUAGACAAAUGUUAGUAUUACUAAGGACUGAGACUCCAGUGCAGACCUCAGUGCUGUCUCUGACGGACAGGUCAACUUUUAACCCCACUUAUCCUGCACUACAUCCAGGGAGACACACACUCUGUGCGGUGGCAAUUUCAGAAUGUGAUAUUUGCCAGUUAAGAAAUUUGUGGGAAAUGUUUUAAGGGCGGUAUCAUUGUGUUUUAGGAUAUUAGAAACAUAAAUAUGAAAUGGAAACCUCUGAGAUGAACUCAGGCUGUUGUUAGUGACUCAUAUGAAAUGGUCCAGAGAACACCAGGUUAAUACUUUUCAUGCUGCACAGUGUUCUUUCUUUCUUUCUUUCUUUCUCCCAGAAUCUGAAGAAACACGGACACUGUUUGAGUUGAAACACUACAGUUGUGUUGGAACUGCUGAAUAAAUAAAGUGACUUCUCA